UGGAUCAUUUUGACCAACCACCCAUCAUUGACCCACCACUGAUAUCAUCUCCAAGAGUUGGGAAUUGAGAGGGAACAAUCGAAAUAUGGUUUCGGAAGUCAGUUGCAGGAGCCUCUAUCUGUAACGAUUCAUAAAAUUUUCAAGUUGGGUUGGGUUAUUUAAGGGAAAAGGGAAAAGGCUGGGCAUGCUAGCAAGCAACCUAGGAAUAAGAUUUGAAACGGGUUUCCAAAGAUGGCAUCGCAGGCUUUGGACCUUUUGAAGACCGAGCUUCCAAUUGAGCCGGAUUCCCUAGUUCUGUCUAACGACGUGGUCACCGGUCUCGUUUUGGUGGACGUUGUCAAUGGCUUCUGCACUGUUGGAGGUGGGAAUCUGGCUCCAAGAGAUCCCGACGUACAGAUAUCUGGAAUGGUGGAGGAGUCUGUGAGGCUUGCCAGAGUGUUCUGUGAGAAGAAAUGGCCUGUCCUGGCUUUUCUUGAUACUCAUCAUCCUGAUAAACCGGAGCAUCCAUAUCCUCCUCAUUGCCUAAUUGGAACAGAAGAAUCAAAUUUGGUUCCAGAUUUGCAAUGGUUGGAGAAGGAACAAAAUGUAACAAUUAGACGCAAAGAAUGCAUUGAUGGGUUUAUUGGUUCGAUCGAGACAGAUGGUUCAAAUGUCCUUAUAGAUUGGGUGGGAACCAAUGAAAUCAAAGUUAUAUUGGUAGUAGGGAUAUGUACGGAUAUCUGUGUGUUCGAUUUUGUGGCCUCCACAUUAUCUGCAAGAAAUCGUGGUUUCCUCUCCCCUCUCGAGGAUGUGGUGGUGUAUUCCCAUGGUUGUGCAACAUAUGAUCUUCCAGUGCAUGUUGCAAGUAACAUAAAAGCUGUAGCCCAUCCACAGGAUCUAAUGCAUCAUGUUGGCCUAUACAUGGCCAAGGGAAGAGGAGCCAAGGUAGUGCAGGAAGUGUCAUUUGGGCACUGAUGGUGUCAUGAUCCAGUACCUAGUGUGUGGUGGCUGCUUGAUCUCCUGAUUGACAUACUGGAAGGAGUUGCUGUAAGACUUAAAAGAAACCAGAGAGAGAUGCAAUUUGGCAUCAAAUCUUGUACAGAACAGAACCUUUUGUUUAGUACCUAGUAACUUGUGAUACUUGAAUGCUAUCUGUUCCAGGGUUGACUCAUGCAUUUAAUGGAAAAGACUAAUGUAAUAUGCACUUCACCUCUUCCAUGGAAUUGUUGUACAUAAUUAGCUUAUGAUUGAUGAUGUCUCAUUCUAAGUUUGUGUUA